UAUGGAUAUAGAUUAAACUUCCGGUCAAACGUGCACGCACCGGUCAACCACUUUACAACAAGAUCCUGCUGUCGACAAGUCGGACAACGCAUUUUCAGUAAAUAAAGAAAUGGAAGUCAGGGAGCGAAAGGCACAAACACCAUUAAAAGAAAAACUAUCUGACCAUUACCGCAAAAGAGAUUUCACGCCGAAGAAAAAAGAUGUAAGCAAAUUAGGAAUUGCGUUUUUCUGGGGAAUGACCAUUUCACUGUUCCUUGAAUCGGUGUUUUACCUCAUUCCACACAUUUAUAGUGGCUGGAACAUGGUUAUAUUUAUUCUUUUGGCCAUCUUCACACUGUUUUUAACAACGAUAAAUUGGAUGGGGAUGUUUUUUGGAAGCACUGGCUUCGUUGACAAGGAGCUGAGCAAGAAGCAUUUUCCACAAGCCACAGAAACUCCACGGGGAUGGAAGUAUUGCCCUACUUGUCAGGUUGAUGCUCCACCUAGAUCAUUCCAUUGUACCCAUUGCAAUGCCUGCAUACUGAAAAGAGACCAUCAUUGUUUCUUUAGCGACUCGUGUAUUGGAUUCUACAAUCAAAGAUUUUUCAUUCUCUACAUUGUAUACAUGGUAUGGGGCAAUAUAUGGGCUCUAUACCUCCAGAUAACUUAUUUGAAUGAUGUAUAUCCACUGAAUUCUUUUUAUGAUUUCUUCUCAUUUUUCCCACUGGUCGCAAUAGUUCAAUUUUUACUGGGAAAUUUUUCAAUCCUCAAUGCCAUCUUAAUGAUACAGAUUCCACUUUGCUGUUUGUGUUUGUGUGCUGCAGUGUUUUUUCUAUUGUUUGAACUGAUGUUAAUACUGAAAGGUGUGACAUCCUAUGAAUCUCAUAGAACUGGUCCCAUUUAUGACCAAGGAAUUGGCAACAACAUUCGCUCUGUAUUUGGACCCAUCAAAACAAUUCCAUUACAAAUCCUGUUUCCAUUAUUCCGAGUGGACCAACAAAGUGAUGGUUCUCAAUGGGAAAUCACAAAAACUAAAGGUCAUUAAAAUUUACAUAUAUUUAUGUAAACUACAAUUAAUGUAUUCACAUCAGAAAGGUUCAGUUGAUGUUUUCAUUUUAAGCAUAAUACAACUUUAUUUAUAAAAUCAAAAUGUGUAUGCAUUAUACAAUCAAGGGCAUUUUGAUAUUUUGUUCGACAGUUGUCUGAAAGAGGGAGAACGAUGUUUUUCCAUUUUAUAAGGUUUUUCAUGUUAUGGUUGGUUUGACUGUGUACUGAUAUACAUUGUAUUCUGAAAAUGAUUGUCAAUAUACAUGUAGAUCUCUAUCCUUUAUUUUUUUAUGUAAAAAAAUCUAUAUAUCUAUAUAUUUGUACUUUUUCUAUUGUAAAUUUAUUCUCUGGAAAAUAAAAAUAUUUUGAGAGAC